CCGCGUCGUGAGCCGGCAGGGCAGGGCUACGCAGGGCUACGCAGGGCUGCAGGGCGGCGCGAGUUACAGUGCAACGUGCAACGCGGAGUGCAGGCCGACUCCAGCCUUUUGCUGCAGUACUUGGUGUACUUGGUGGACUUACUCGGCGGCCGUACUUAAGGCGACAGCGCGGGGCGACUACCAGUGGACCGGCGAGGGACUUAGUGCAAGGGCGGCGUUCAAGGGACACCAUGGCCACCGUCCUUGGGUAGAGGAGCCCCCUUGCCCUGCCGGAGCGCGCCACCGGCAAGACCGCCGCCACCACCGCCGCCGCCACCACCAGCACCAUGGCGGUGGGCGCCGUCAUCGAGGGCGUCAAGGACUCCAAGGCGGCCGGCGACUGGGAAGGCAAGGCCGCCGCCACGGACAUGAACAACAAGAACCUGGAGAAGAGCGGCGCCGCGGCCGAGGAGGCCAAGAAGGUGAAGGAGAAGGCGGAGAUCCGGCCCGGCGACUUCAGCAACUUCUGGGAGCUGUCGUUCCGGCAGAAGAUGGUCUUCGUCCGCGACAACAUCACCGUGGAGCCCAUGCUGGCCUGCUACAUCAUGCCGUCCGUGCUCGCCGCUCUGGCCACGCAGAACCUCAACCUGGAGAAGGCCUGCCGGGUCAACCUGGGCUACAGUGACGAGGUGUGCACCGCGCUUGCCGCCCGGGAGACCGCCAACUACACCCACCAAGAGAACGAGGUGCAGCAGCUGGUGGCGGGGAUGGCGGGCUGGAAGACGUUCGUGCAGAGCUCGGUGCCAGCCUUCCUCAUCCUGUUCCUGGGCGCGUGGACGGACCGCCAAGGUCGCCGCAAGCCCUGCAUGCUCAUGCCCAUCGUGGGCGAGUUCCUCACCAGCAUCGGCCUCAUCGUCUGCACCUACUUCUUCUACGAGCUGCCGAUGGAAGCAGCAGGGCUGGUGGAGUCGGUGUUCCCCGCGCUGACGGGCGGCUGGUUCACCAUGUUCAUGGCCGUGUUCAGCUACGUGGCCGACGUGACGGACAAGGACUCCCGCACGCUGCGCAUCGGCAUCGUCAACGUCUUCUGCUCGCUGGGCAUCCCCAUCGGCAUGGCGCUGUCGGGGGUGCUCUACAAACGCAUCGGGUUCUACGGCGUGUUCUCCGUGUCCGCCGUCAUGUACCUCUUCAGCUUCUGGUACGGCUUCUUCAUGAUCAAGGAGGAGCCGCGGAAGAAGUCCAAGGAGGCCGCGGAGAAGGAGGCCCUGUCCGGGGACCGGCCGUCCCUCUACAGGAGGCUCGUCGACUUCCUCAAGGACUUCUUCGACAUGAAGCACAUCCAGGAGACGUUCCGCGUCGCCUUCAAGGAAGGCGAGAACAUGCGCAAGCAGCGCGUCAUCCUGCUCAUGAUCGUCGUCAUGGUUGUCAUCGGCCCCAUGCACGGCGAGAUGACCGUUAUGUACCUGUUUACGAGACUGAGAUUCAACUGGAACGAGGUGGACUUCAGCAUCUUCUCCACCUACGGCAUGGUCACCAACCUCAUCGGGACCAUCAUCUCGGUGGGCGUGUUCAGCCACCUCCUGGGCGUGGACGACGCCAUCAUCGGCAUCAUGUCGUGCAUGUCCAAGAUCCUGAGCGGCUUCCUCUACGCCUUCGCCACCACCACGUGGAUGAUCUACCUCGCGCCCCUCGUGGACAUGGUCAACGGCACAUCCUUCAUCGCCAUGAGGUCCAUCGCGUCCAAACUCGUUCCCCCGGAUGAACUGGGCAAAGUGAACUCGCUGGUGGGCGUGUGCGAGGCCCUGAUGCCGCUCGUGUACGGGCCCAUGUACUCGUCCGUGUACCAGGCCACCAUGACCACGGUCCCCGGCGCCUUCUUCCUGCUGGGCGGCGCGCUCACGGCGCCGGCCAUCGUCAUCUUCGGGUGGAUGUACACGGUGCACCGCAAGGAGCGGCUGGGCCUGCUGCCGAAGCCCAACGCCAAGGACGCCAAGGACGCCGAGGGCUGCGUCAACAUGGGCUUCGAGGAGGAGAAGAAGGGCGGCCUGCUCACCACGGGCGACGUGUUCCUGCGGGCGUCCUGGCGGGAGAAGCGCUACAGCGGCAACAACAACACCUUCAACGCCAACCACCUGGCGCCGCUGCCCUCCUCCCUCGAGGUGCCGCCCAAGUAGGCCCACCCCUCCCGCUGGCUGAGGCCGCCGACGAGGACGCUGUCGAGGACGCCGUCGAAGAGGCCGUCGAAGGACGCCGUCGAAGAGGCCGUCGAAGAGGCCGUCGAAGAGGCCGUCGAAGAGGCCGUCGAGGACGCCGAGUACCGAGUCGGAUUCCGACGCCGCGUGUCCGCGCCCCGCUGCGGGCUGUGCGUGUCGACUGUCGCGCCCUCUGGCGUGCAUACGGGUAACCGAGGACCUCCCCGCGGACCUGGAGCCGGCCCAGGUCUCCGCCCAGGUCUCGGUCCAGGCCGGCGGAAGCGGUUUAGUUCGGUGGUUCGUCUUGUGAUGACCCGCGCGAGGGUUGCGCCGUGUUUCAACUUUUCCAAAUGCACUCCACCGUGACCACAGUGUUAGGCGGUGGUGAGAUGCCGACAGGUUCGUCCCUGAACCACGUGCCGACUCAGCGCUGUGAUACUUUUUGUUAAGUCUUAAUCGAUGGAUUCGGAUGGAGUGUGAGAUCACUCUGUUCCUGAGAAGGGUUGGCGCGUUGAUUCCUCCGUCCAGGCAGGCAGACUUUCGUUAGCGGAAAGAACAAACACAAAAAUGGGGUCAAAGUGUCGCUUGCAGUGACGCCGCUCUCCGCUCAGGAGGACGAGGCAGUGGCACUUAGCGACGUCCUCGCGCCGCGUUCCCUCCCGGCCUGUUCUUUGGGAAAGGCCGUGGACGGGGACGACGAGGACGUGUGCCUCUGUCAGCAGCACCAAAUUCUGCUGGCAACUCAGAGUCUGUUUCCAUAGGAUGCAUAAUGUGAUAGUAGGUUAAAGAUAAUGUGAUGUAGCCCCGUUCCCGACUCCGCCGUACAUUCAAUUCAGUGAGAUCAGCUUGCCACACUACUUAUGUAUUGUUCUUAUGUAUUACGUUUUUGUUGUGCACAAUUCAUAUAACAUCGGUCUCCUUCUUAACGACCCGUGCGCCUCAUCAUCUUUCGUUACUAGAUUCAGGACUGUUUUCAGGUUUAACUUUGUGCCUUACAUCCUUCUCUCUUUCUUUUUUGUAAAUAGUGUGCGUAUAAAUUUGUGGUUUCAAACUAGAGACUUGAUUUAAAUUUUGUACAUUUUGUAUAUUUUGUAUAUCUGAACACAUCCAGUGAUAAAACACUAAAUCUUCGUUUUAUUUCACUCUGGUAACAAUGUAUAUAGCUAAUAAAACAGAAAGCCAACUGA